AACAUGGCAAAUCGAAAAAAAUUAAAAUGUUUAUUUUCUUGAUAUUAAUAUCACAAUUCUACUUUGUUGUAUAAUCUCGAGUCUGCUGUGAUUUUAAUUAAUAGCACUGGAUUUUGAAAUGUUUAAAACAAAGGACUAUUUUAUUCGGAUACAUUACGCUUCGUCUUCCGUACUUCGUCCGCCGGUGCAAUCGAUUGAAUUUACUAAAUGUUUAUUAUAAAAUUUGAUCUCAUUUGUACUUAACCAAUAUGAUAUAUGUAUAUAUUAUGUAAAAGCACAUUAAAUGUUCGUAAUUAAACUAUGUAUUCAUCUAAAAAAGUUUCUUUCUUUAAAGAUAUGUUAACAUUUAAAAGCAGAUUAGUGAAAAUUAAGAGGUAAAAGGAAAAGAAAUUAAAAAUUUUGUUUUACAUGUGAAAAGACCUUUUUACUUAUAAUGGAAACUGAAGAAAUAUACAGUUUUGCAAUUUCUCCACCAAUUUUAUCAAUAUUUGCAAUACAAUGGUCUCAAGAUAACCAUAUAUCAAUUCUUACUGAAAAAGGAAUUCAUAUAUUUGAACUUAUACCCUCUCCAAUGUCUCCUUAUUCGAACAUAAAAUUUUCUAGGUCUUUUGUUUAUCCACCUUCAAUAUUUCCAGCACAAGUUAUAACAGGUAAAAUAGAAUCAAAGAUUUGGAAUAUGCAACGUGAAGAUGUGUAUUCAUGUCUAAUGGAAGAAAGUUUAACUCCAAAGAUGUCAAAUGUUAAAGAAAUGGUUCCAAAAAUCAUUAAUUUAGCAUGGUCACCACAGAAUUUAAUACACCCAAGCAAGUGUCUUCUUGCAAUUUUAACUUCAGCAGGUACUGCUAUGAUAAUCUACAAAAUUUCAAUGGAAUGGUACCCUGCACAUGAUUUAUCUUCUAUACGCUAUAAUGCUGUAGAAAAGGAAAUUAAUACUGAAAAUAUUAGUAGCAAACAAAAUUCAAAUCAAUCUAUAACAUUAAAAAAUAAUAUAAAGGCACUGCUGGCUUCUUGUUUUACUUGGAGUGAACUUUUUAUCAAUUUUGCAUACUUGACUGUUGCUUACCGUAAUGGAGAUAUAACUAUUUACAAAAUUCCAAGAAUAUUAAAUUAUAAUGAAAUACCAAAUCCUGAAAUUGUAGGAACAAUGAAAUCAAAAGAGUCUGUUAAAAUAAAUGUUAUGCAUUGGAUUAGUAUCAAUGCAGAAGAACAUUUGAUUAUCAUUGCUUAUUUAGAUGGACGUAUUUAUGGUCUUAAAGUUCAAAAUCAUAAUCAUAUUCUUGAAAUGAAAUUCAUUCAUAAAUAUUAUGAUUAUAAAGAUCGUAUUGUUAUUAGUGCUAUAAAAAUAUUUCCUCAAAAUGAUUCAUGUAUGAAAGUUCUUGUAUCAAAAGGGACGUUCUUACUUUUGCUGUGUUUAUCAUUGGAGGGUAAAUUAGAAAUCUUGAAACAUUUACAAUUAAAAGGUUUCACGAUCUCAGGAGCUGUUUGUAUAAGUUCACAUAAUGCAUUGGUUACAACAGAAAAUGGUUCUAUGUUUACAAUCGACACGCGAGAAAAUAAUUUGUCAAAAAUGGAAGUAAAUAAUAGAAUAUCACAAAUUCAUGCACGAUAUUUGGGCCUUACCCAUUCUUUAAAUCGUGUAAUAUUUGUAAAUCUAACUAUGCCAGAUACCAUAUAUGAUCAUUUAGUAAUUAAGGAACCAAGCAAAAUUUGUAUGUUUGGAUUGAAAGGUAAACAGUGGAAUCCAUUGCUAGUUUUAAAAAACAGUGAACAUGAAAGAUUUGAACAAUUAUGGGACUGUUUAGAAGUACUUAGGAUUAAAGCAAUAAAGGCAUCAGAACCUACAAGUAUAUUUCCAGAACUUCCAUCAGAUCUGAAAUCUUUAUCUUUAAAAGAGUUACAAAUAUCAAUGUGGAUAUCAGUAAUGAUGGAAAUUUGUGAAAAGAAAAAAGUAAUUGAAGGCGUAGGCAGUAUUGCUGGAGAGAUAUCAGAAGCACAGCCAUUAAUUUUUGUUCACACUGCCUAUAAUUAUCUUAUGUAUUUUGUAAAUAAAUCUACAUUGCUUCAAGAACAACAGAUUUCUAUAAACUUGUUAAGAAAAUAUUUAGAAAUGUAUCUUGCAGAAGAAGCAAAUGAAAAUGCAUCUCCAUUUUAUGAACGUAUUAGAAGCAUUUUAAAAAAAACAUCACAGUUCAAGUUAGAUAACAUUGAAUCUUGUAGUUUGUGUGGUGAAACAAUAAAUGAUCUACCUUGGAAAGUUAAUAAAUGUCCUCAAGGACAUAUAUUACCUAGAUGUGCUAUUACACUUUUACAAAUAACAAGUGCACACUACAGUACAUGCCCAAUAUGUGGACUGAUUUUUCAUUCAGCUGUAGAUGAAGUGUUUAAAGAAACAAGAUGUCUCUUUUGUGAUGUAGCUGCUCUUCAGGAGAAUCGAAUACUGAAUUCAAAAUAUUGUGUUCCAGUUAAGAAAAGCUUAUCUACAUGGAAUAAUAAGAUGGAAGUAUCAGAGGAGCAAGAAGUAGAAAUAAUUGCCGAAGAAACAGUAUGAAUCUUUAUAGUUUGAAUGUAAAUGUAACGAAUACCCAGUUUUUGUAUAGUAAUAUGUUUAAAUAUUUUCUUGUACAAUAUUUCUGAAACUCAAUUAUCAUUUAAUAUGUAUUUUAAAAUACAGAAAUUUUUUAAUUUUUGACGGCAGUGCUUUUGCGAAUAUUCUAUUGUUACAGUCCUGUUUACAGUCAUAUAGCAAAAUUCCGCUUUAUUGCAUUAAAUUAUCAAAGUUCUGCGAAUUGGAUAUAGUCUUUCAAAAUAGAUUAUGUGCAAAACUUUUCCGCGUUUUCUACCCUAAACCAUGAAAAGUCAUAUUU